AUGCCUCCUGAGGCAGUUCAAGCAUUGACAGCCUUCUUUACUGCUAUUGUUGGCCAGGCUCAGGCUAGUCAAGCUCUUCUUACAGUUCCUCCAGCUGCUCCUUCAGUACCACCACCCCCACCUCCUGUCCCACCACUAGUGCUGGAUGUUUCUAUUUCUAAUAAGCUUAAAGAGGCUAGGAGAAUGCGAGCUGAGUUAGCAAAAAGGAAAAAUUUGACUAUAUCUUCUAGUCAGCCACCAACAAGGGGCAAAGACUCAUCUGUUUCAGGAAGUACUACUAUUGUUUCAGUAACAUCUUCCCUACCUCCAUUUUCACAAACACAGCAAAGGCCUUCGAGAUUUAACAGAUCUGCGAUGACUAUUUCUGGGAAGAGAUCCGGAAGUUUUGAUAAAUGCAAAAAUUGUGAGAGAUAUCAUGUCGGGCCGUGUAGAGGGCCUAUACGAUGUUUUUAUUGUGGUCAGCUGGGUCACAUUAGGAGAGAUUGCCCACAGUUAGGACUGGCUACGGUAGCUGCUCCAUCUCCACUAGCUUGUAUGAAUAUGCAAAGAAGAGAUUCUUCUGGAUUACAACCGAGACAGGGAUGA